GGAGGGAGCAAGUAAACGCCGCCCACCAGGUGUGGACUCAGGUUCACUCACAUUCUCAGCCACCGACGUUUAGCUUCUCAGCGACAGCACGGCCUCUGUUGCUCUCUUUACUGACUGUCUGCGGCGACAUUUACGUUCCCGACUCCAUUCAAUAAAUGUACAUUAAAGGGACUUUGACAGAGGACGCAGUAUAAAUGUUUUAUCCCAUGUAUCGGAUAUGGCUUCUGUUUGUCCUGGGAGGAUUCGUGGCGCCAGGGGUGCGACAUGUCAGUGGAAUAGAAAUUUACACUCCAAAAGAAGUGGAAGCGGUUAAUGGAACAAAUGUGAAACUGAAGUGCACCUUCACGUCCACAGACCCAGUGACAGUUCAGUCUGUCAUUGUUUCCUGGAACUUCCGCCCCCUAAAUUCUGGAUCAGAGGAGUCGGUGUUUUACUACCAUGAGAUAGCAUACCCUCCUCAACAAGGGCGUUUUAAAGACCAUGCGGUGUGGUCAGGAGACGUUUUGAGACGAGACGCCUCCAUCACCCUGAAUGAGGUACCACCAACCUUUAAUGGCACCUACAUCUGCCAGGUGCGCAACCGUCCAGAUGUGCACGGCAGUAAUGGAGAGAUCAUCUUAAGAGUCGUCAACAAAGCUUCCUUCUCAGAGAUCAGCAUCCUGGCAGCAGCGGUCGGAGGCGCCUGCGGUGUGAUCCUGGUCCUGCUCGGUAUCUUUGUGGUGGUGAGGUUCUACAGGAGAAAGAACAUGGAAAACGACUUUGAGCUGGACCCACGGGAUCAUGAGCGGAAGGACCCGACCGUGUGUUCACCUGAAGAGGCAGUUCAUCUGAAAGUUGUGACGAAGAAGAAAGAAUGUGAUAGUUCAGAUGAUGAAGAGUCUGAGCCCAGUAGCGGAGACGAUGAGGAGGACACUGGAGGUGAUGACGACGACGACGACGAUGAUGAUGAUGAUGAUUUGGAUGAUGAUGAUGAUGAUUAAAUGGACAAACUCAAUUGAUUAGAAUUGCCUUUGGUGUUACAACAUCUGCCUUUGUGCUUUUCAUUAACAUAAUGUAAAUGUUCAAUGUUUGUUUUAAUGGUGAUAGAAACUCUUUGAGAAGUCAUUGAAAUAAUUUGAACUGGCUACAUUACCCAUAAUGCAGCUCAACCGAUGAUAAAGGGACUACAGAUUUUUAAGGAGGCUCAUUUUUCAAAGCGCCUAACUCAGACAGUGUUAGUCCCAGUGUGGGGUUGCCAGAUUAAAUAUUUCUCCCGUUAAGUUUCUAAAAGCAUCAGCUUUUAACUGUGUCAUAGUGUGUCGUUGCACAGGGCAUUUGGUGUUACAGGACAUGAAACAGGAGAAAGGAUGCUGUCAUUUAAUUUUUGUUUCCAGAAAGUCCACCAUGAGAUCUAUGAGUCCUAAUCAAAGCAACGGUUUACUAAACUGGCAAAGUUGCAGAGGUGAUUUUGUUUUUUGAUUUUGUAAAUAAUGUAAUUAGAGUGGAACACGUUUUUAAAAUCUCAAAUCCUGAAAUGUCACUAUGCAUCUCUAUUUAGCAACUCUGGAAUAAAGAACUGUUUUGGACAUUA